UGCUGUGCUCACACAAUGCUACCCGCACCCGUUUACUAUCGUACAGUGAAUACCAACACGCUGAAGUACAUCAGCCUGCUGACGCUGACGCUCCAGAAUGCGACUGGACUCAGCAUGCGCUAUGCCCGCACCCGGCCCGGCGAGAUCUUCCUCAGUUCAACGGCCGUACUUAUGGCGGAGUUCGCCAAGCUGAUCACCUGCCUGUUCCUGGUUUUCAACGAGGAGGGCAAGGAUGCCCAGAAGUUUGUUCGAUCGCUGCACAAAACCAUUAUUGCCAAUCCAGUGGACACACUGAAAGUGUGUGUGCCAUCGCUGGUGUAUAUCGUCCAGAACAACCUGCUGUAUGUGUCAGCCUCCCAUUUGGAUGCGGCCACCUACCAAGUGACAUACCAGCUGAAGAUCCUCACAACGGCCAUGUUCGCCGUGGUGAUAUUGCACCGUAAGCUGCUCAAAACCCAAUGGGGUGCCCUCUUGCUCCUGGUAAUGGGCAUUGUCCUCGUUCAACUGGCGCAGACAGAGGCCCCUAGUAGUAGCACUGCUAGUGGAGGAGCUGUUGCAGCCACCGCCGCGGCUGCUGGAGCACCUGAGCAGAACCGUAUGCUGGGCUUAUGGGCUGCCCUGGGUGCCUGCUUCCUAUCCGGCUUUGCUGGCAUCUACUUCGAAAAGAUCCUCAAGGGAGCCGAGAUCUCCGUAUGGAUGAGGAAUGUGCAGCUUAGUCUGCUCAGCAUUCCCUUCGGCCUGCUCACUUGCUUUGUGAACGAUGCCAGCAGAAUCUACGACCAGGGCUUCUUCCACGGAUACGAUCUGUUUGUUUGGUAUCUCGUGCUUUUGCAGGCCGGCGGUGGCCUAAUUGUGGCCGUAGUGGUCAAGUACGCUGACAACAUCCUCAAAGGCUUUGCCACCUCACUGGCCAUAAUCAUCUCCUGCGUGGCCUCCAUAUACAUCUUCAACUUUAAUCUCACACUGCAGUUUAGCUUAGGUGCCGGCCUGGUUAUUGCCUCCAUUUUCCUGUACGGCUACGAUCCAUCCAAGGCGGCGGCGAAAUCGCCGGGGAUGCAAGCACCUGGCGCCGGCGACGAGGAGAAGCUGCUGCCGCGCGUCUAGUACGGAAUGUGGCACAGAUGAAAUACAUCGAACAGUAUUUGUUGUCCACCAACGCACCCAUUCGAUGGUUGAUGAAAAUUCUACACUGUUUGUGUUGUGUUUUGUAUAUAUAUCUGUAUAUAUAUAAGAGUUAUAUAAAAGUCUGGACAAUUUAUGAACCGAUUUCGCCUGCAAAUAUUUACAUACUUGCAUAGUUUAAGUUAAAUUAAAGAGAAUCACGUGUCUUUAUCUCAUAUGUAAUUAAAAAAUAUGAAUAUAUAUAUACAUA